AUGACGUCACCCUCGCCGAUCAGGGACGGCUUCAGGCAGCACGUGUUCGGGGAUGCCGAAUUCUGGGUGCCAGAAAGGUACAUCAAUUUGGAGCCCAAGGGCGGGGGAGCGCAGGGUUUGGUCUGUGCGGCUGUGGACACGGUAACCCAACAGAAUGUGGCCAUCAAGAAGCUGAGUAGGCCCUUUCAGAAUGUCACGCACGCCAAAAGGGCGUACAGGGAAUUCAAGCUCAUGAAAUUAGUCAAUCAUAAAAAUAUAAUAGGACUGUUGAAUGCCUUCACGCCCCAAAGAACGUUAGAAGAAUUCCAAGAUGUGUACCUAGUGAUGGAACUGAUGGACGCUAACCUGUGUCAAGUGAUACAAAUGGACCUGGACCAUGAACGGAUGAGUUAUCUACUUUAUCAAAUGCUUUGUGGCAUCAAGCACUUACAUUCCGCUGGAAUCAUACAUAGGGACUUAAAACCGAGCAAUAUAGUGGUGAAAUCCGACUGCACUUUGAAGAUCCUCGACUUCGGCUUGGCCAGGACGGCCGGUACUACCUUCAUGAUGACGCCGUACGUCGUCACAAGGUACUAUCGGGCACCGGAGGUCAUCCUGGGCAUGGGGUACACAGAGAACGUGGACAUCUGGAGCGUCGGCUGCAUCAUGGGCGAGAUGAUCAGGGGUGGGGUGCUGUUCCCUGGCACCGAUCAUAUCGAUCAGUGGAACAAAAUCAUUGAGCAACUCGGCACCCCAUCCCAGCAAUUCAUGGUACGUCUGCAACCGACCGUACGUAAUUACGUGGAGAACCGCCCGCGCUAUCCUGGCUUCACCUUCGAGAAACUCUUCCCCGACGUAUUGUUUCCCUCCGAUAGCAGCGACCAUAAUAGGCUGAAGGCCAGUCAGGCGAGAGACCUGCUCAGCAAGAUGUUGGUCAUCGAUCCGCAAAGCAGGAUAUCCGUCGAUGAUGCAUUGUUGCAUCCGUACAUCAACGUCUGGUAUGAUGAGCAAGAGGUCAAUGCGCCUGCUCCAGGUCCGUACGACCACAGCGUGGACGAGCGCGAGCACACCGUUGAUCAGUGGAAGGAGUUGAUUUAUCAGGAGGUCAUGGAGUACGAAUGCGCACACGCCGGAAGGUCAACAGGAGGUGGAGGUGGAACCAGUAGCACGGGAAGCGGAAGUGCUGGAGGAGCUCAGCCCAGUCCAGCUGGAAAUAGUGAACCAAAUGGUUACUGA